AUGGAGCCUGCAACAAAUUUUGAUCAAAUUUACCAAAAUGCCCUUCCACCGGCAUUCAAGCUCGAAAAACUUGAUGAAUUUUCCAUGGACAAAAACACUUAUUAUCUCCAAGAUUUUCACCACCUUGAUCACCAGUUCCAUUUACCAUAUUAUUCUUCGUCGAUUUUUAAUCCGAGUGCCGAUGUACAAUCCAACGGCUCAGAUCCUUUCUACCCCUCGUUCACCGACUCGUGUUCGUUUUACGAGUUUUCGGACUUCAAACCUUACGAGGAAAAGGGCAUUCAUAGUAAUUUUUCGGCCGCCAUGCAGAGUUUUCAAGAAUGCGACGAGUAUUCGAAUAAUCAUCUGAAUCCGAAAGAUUUUUUAACCAAAAUCGAGCCCUUAAGGAUGGUUUUUCCGCACGACGAUAGCUCAUGCGUUACAGCCGAUAAUAAUAAUAAUAAUGUCACCUGCUUUUGCAAAGAGAACGACGAAAAGUAUAGUAAAAAUUUGAAAAAUAUGAAAAGUAGUAACAAAAAUCAUCAAUCGGUCUCGACUAAAAGGCUCGGUUUCAUCAAGAACAAGUCGAAGCCGAGCAAGGGGCAGUGGACAGUUGAAGAGGAUAGGAUUUUGAUCCAUUUGGUGGAGAAAUAUGGAGUUAGAAAGUGGUCGCGUAUAGCGCAAAUGCUCAAGGGGAGGAUAGGGAAGCAAUGCAGAGAGAGAUGGCAUAAUCAUCUAAGGCCUGAUAUCAAAAAGGAUCUAUGGACGGAAGAUGAAGACCGAGUUCUAAUAGAAGCUCAUGCAGAAGUUGGCAACAAAUGGGCAGAAAUCGCAAAAAGGCUUCUCGGGAGAACCGAAAACUCGAUCAAGAAUCAUUGGAAUGCCACCAAAAGACGACAACUCUCACGACGAAAAUGCAGGACUAAAUGGCCGAAACCGAGCUCUGUCCUCCAAAACUAUAUCAAGAGCCUACAUUUAGAAAAAGAGGACAUAAAAAGAUCAUCAUUUAGAAAUGAGGCUAAUAAUGCUUCGUCUGCAGAAGCUACUCAACCGGACGAUAUUUUCAAGAAUUCUCAAAAGGAAGUGGCCUUAGUUAGCUCCGAACAAGUUUAUGAUUGUAUGGUGUCGGGUUUCGAAUUUGACGAGGUCCCGGAUUUUGGUAUUCACGGUUGUUAUGAUGAAAAGUUUGACUCGAUCAUAGAUUUAGCACUCGAAGCGCCUCCAUUGAUGCAUUAUGAAGGGGAGGAGGAGGUAGAUUUUUUCAAUGGGGUGGAGGAUAUGGAUGCAUGGUAG